CCUGAAGAAGAACCGCAACGGGUAUUUCCGAUUAAAGUGGAGUCAGAGUCAGAAUCAGAAGUGGAACUUUGUAGUAACAUCACUGGAAAUGAGCUACUGGAUUUUCUUAAGCCACAGCAAGACCAAAUAGCUACUUCAAGUUUAUGUGAUCGGUUUUAUGAUUCACUUCAAGACCUCAAAAGGAAAAACAGGCAAAGUUUGUUAGAAUUAGGACUCUUAUAUCAAGAAAAAUUAAAAAAUGAUCAUCACUCAUCCACAGAAGACAAGAAACUGGAAGAUUUUUUCCAUGGCAACAGCAGACUGAUACUGCCAACAAAAUUCCAUAAAGAUCUGAGGUGUGGUAACAUAAGAAGUUGGAACUCUCUGUCUGAUAUCACUUUAGGUAGCUCAAAAGAGGAGAAAAAUCAUUACUCAUUUCUUCAGUCUUGUUCAAAACCAAAGAGUGCCUCAGCUAUCGGGGUUUCCUCUUUUACUAUUCCUCAGCCCUUCCGAAUGACCCUUCGAGAAACUCAUAAAACACCUCAGUUGCUAAAAUCACAGGCAUUGCUUGAGAAAGAGUCAUCUACGUACAAAAGACAAUUGCAAGAGGCUGCAGAAUGUCAAAAACAAUUUAGAGCACAACCUGUGCCUGCUCAUAUCUAUCUGCCACUCUACCAGGAAAUAAUGGAGAAGAAUGAAACCCGUAGACAAGCAGAAACUCAAAAGAGAAGGGAGCUACUUCUUUCAAUGCAAAAACCCUUCAGCUUUCAGAUAAAAGAAGAGAAGAGAAAAGAGGCCGUCAGACAGAAAUUUCUGAACAUUUUAACCCCAGCUAAGAAAAUAGUACCAAUGUUCAGGAAGAAAAUCCCCAAGUCCACAUUUGAGCCAAUGCUUGGGGAUAAACUUGAAGAAGCUGAACUCUUAAGAAAAAUCUGUAUUCAAUUGAGAGCCAAGGAAUUAUUGGAAAAGUCCUGGGCCCCCAAUGAGCUUGACAAUAAACAAAGGGAUACAAAAUCCCAAAUUGCCUCCAAAAAUAGGGAACAAAAGUUGAGCUUUCUGCAAAACAACUUUAGUUUUAAGCCAAGAAUUAAUACUUCAGUGCCUGAUUUUGAAGAACUUUACUGGGCAUUUCAAAGAAAAGUACUAACCAAACAAGAAAUUAAAGAAGCAACUUCUAAUAAACCAUUCAGACUGAGAACAUCAAAUCUCAGUUGCAGACAUAAAAUGUGUGACAAGAUGACGGAUUUUCAGCAACCUUCUAAGGCACCAAUACAAAGAAGUCGGUCUUUUACUUGUCUUUCAUCCCUCUCUACCAAUACACUUCCAAUAUAUAUUACAGAUGCAGUGAGAAAGAGGGCAGUUGCUAUUAAAUUCCUCCAAGAAAAUAAGAAAUACAAGGAGAAUGAAGGAGCUCGCUGGGCAGAGCUACAAAGAAAAAAAUGUCAAGCAAUGCAUAAAUCAGUGAUUUGUCGAGCAAAAGCUAUGGAUCCACAUAAAAGUUUGGAAGAGACACACAAAGAAAAAGUGAAGCAAAACUGGCAAAAUGGCCAAAAAAGAACAAGAGAAUAUAAGAAAGAACUAGAAGAGAUGAAGAUGCGUGUGAAGAACAGACCUUACCUAUUUGAACAAGUCACAACACAUAGUGCCUGUCAAGGAGCACAGAAGCUUUUUAGAGACACUUUGCAGCAGUUUGGGUUGAAUGAAGAGUUUGUGAGAAAGAAGGGGAGAGAAGCCACUGACACAGAAAAGCAACGGCAGUUUCAAUCAAAAAGAAAUCAUAAAUUCCAGAAAGGUACUGAGGCUGACAUCAUAAAAAAACUAUCCCAAGAGGGACUAAAAAGACUGGAAUUAAAGUAGAAACAACUGAUAGAAGUCUCCAUUUGCUUUCAGCAUAUUGUUUUAAUCAAACCGAGGACUUAUGUAGAAUUGAAGCUAAAUUGUAUAUUUUAAUUAUAUAGAUAUAUAAUUAUAGUAGAAUAUGUGACUUUGAAGUACUCUAGUUAGCUAUAUGACUUGAGGCAGUUUUAAAUUUGGUUAAUGCUAGAUUUUUGAGAUCUUGCUUAAUCGAAGAUUGCCCAAGAGAAUGAAAGGAGUUGUAUAUACAUCAGUCAUCCCAAUCAGUUUGAACCAGAGAACACAUUUGAAAGUUAGACACUAUCAUUGAUAAGGCUAGUGACAAAAUGCUCAUUUCCCAUAAGCCAACUGAUGCCUAAUAACCCAAAUAACAAUGAACUCAAAGUAAUCUCUAACAUGCAGACAACUGGAAAAAGUGACCCUUCUAGGAAACAUUACUACUUUAUUUCUUCUAGGAGCUCUUCUCAUGUUUAUGAUUUACAAAUACCUUUUUGAAAAACUUUUCACAGACCUUUUAGAUGAGUUAGUUUCAAAAAAUGACCAAAAUUUUCUAGAACUGCAGUAAGUUCACCUUUCAACCAAAAGACCUAGAUGCAAUCUAAAAAUUGCAGUUAAUUUAACCUGAUCCAAAUAAAUCUGCUGUCUCUUCUUGUUUUACAGGAAGACAAAAAUUGCUUAAUGUAGAUUCAAAGGCUUUAGUAUCAAGACAGAAAACCUAAAAUGUAAAGUCUGAUUCAAAGUACAGUCUUGUGCACUUGGUCUUUAGCCAAGAACACUGCACUAAAUAAUUGUACUGCAUCCCACUUUUCCCCCUUUUUGAGGCACACUAAGUAUUUAAUUGGAUAAGAAUUUAAGGACCACAGAGUGCUUCUCUUAAAUGCUGUUUUUUGAGUCAGUGUAUUUAUUUCAAAUUAAUUUUAAUGUUCCAUUAGUGUUUGGCCUAGUCCAAGAGCAAUGUAACAUGAUACAGCCAAAGUUCCAUUCUUUGCUUCCACCAUAUAUAUUCUUGCUAGACUAAACCCUUACUACCCUACCCUAACGAUAUACUGUGAGAGAUAUUAGGGAGUAGCUAUCCUAAAUCUCUUCCCAGGAUCCAGCUUUGAACUGUGCUGUCUCUUGCUUCAUUCCCCCUCCCCCCACUUUGAAUGUACGCCCUUCUUCCUGGAAACCUGCUGUUAAUGUAGUCUGUCAUAU